AAUAUCUUUUGAUUUUGCGAAAUGAAAAUCCAUUUUUAGGAAGAGUGCGAGUAGAUGGGUGAAAGUGAGCUCUAAAGAAAAAUUUCUGGUUGUUAGGCAAAGGCCAUCUGGUUUAAGUAAAUUGGUUGAGGAGGCAGCCAUGGUGGUGUUGGGAGUUGUUUGUCCACAGCCGCAGCAUAUCGUUGUUUCAAUUCGAACCCAAAUUCCUCCAAUUUCUACACAAACCCAAUAUUGUACAAGGCGUAAAGCUUUGAUAUUUACUUCUUCUCUGCUUUCCUCUUUCAUAUAUACAUCUCAUCACUCUCCUGCAACUGCUUUCCAAAUCGAAAUGCCUGAACAAGAAGAAGACAGACUAGUUCACCUCUUUCAGGAUACUUCCCCUUCUGUUGUUUUCAUUAAGGACCUUGAGUUGGCUAAAGGCUCCAAUGACUCUACUAAGGUGCUAGCCGACGAUGAGAAUGCAAAAGUGGAAGGGACAGGUUCAGGCUUCAUUUGGGAUAAGUUUGGUCACAUUGUAACCAAUUACCAUGUCAUUGCUAAAUUAGCUACUGAUAACAUCGGACUGCAGCGUUGUAAGGUUUCUUUAGUGAAAACUAAAGGAGAGAGCAUAGUUAAGGAUGCGAAGAUCGUAGGUGUUGAUCCAGCAUAUGAUCUGGCCGUUCUCAAGGUUGAUGUUGAAGGUGUUGAAGUUAAACCAGUCUCUGUUGGUACCUCUCGUGGCCUACGUGUAGGUCAAAGUUGUUUUGCCAUUGGAAAUCCCUAUGGAUUUGAAAACACUCUCACAACUGGGGUAGUUAGUGGAUUAGGCAGGGAAAUACCUGCACCAAAUGGAGCUGCCAUUAAAGGCGCUAUUCAAACAGAUGCUGCUAUUAAUGCAGGGAAUUCAGGUGGUCCGUUGAUUGACUCAUCUGGCCAUGUCAUUGGUCUAAAUACAGCAACAUUCACCCGCAGAGGCUCGGGUAUGUCUUCCGGGGUUAACUUUGCCAUACCAAUUGACACGGUUGUACGGACCAUACCAUACCUGAUCGUCUAUGGAACAAGUUACAAAGACAGAUAUUGAAUAUCUGUAAUCAGAAAGUUACUUCUGUAAUCAGAAAGUUACUUGAAGGAAGUCAGGCCAAAGCAUAAGGAAGGAAGCUCACUCAUAAGCGGAUUCUGAGCUAUAGCUCUUAGGGCUUGUGAUACAUAUUUUAUCAUGUUGACAAAUUCUUGUCUAUAUCCAUGAUCCAAUAUUAACAAUCUUUGAUCUCUUUGAGUGGUACCUUGGAUCCUUAAUGCAGUUUUAGCUUGUUAAUUGUAUGGUAUUAUCUUAACAAAAAAGGCUUCAUUUUAGAGCUGGAAAAAGACCAUGUUAUUAACUGCUACUUUUGUAGCUUUCACAAUUCAUUUUCUUAUGUGGAAAAGAAAAACAUGAACAAAACACUG